GCAGCAGCCAGCCCCGGUGAGCGUGAGUCCGUGAGCCGUGAGCCAGUCCCAGCCGACUUUCCGAGGCGAGUGGUGUUGCACCGUGCCGUGCCCGCGCCGCCAAGCACCGCGGAGGGAGCUGAGGUGACUGGCACCGCUCCGCACCGCGACCGGACGCGACAGCUCGCGAAGCGCGACCCGCGCCUCCCGCACGGAUUACUGACCCCGCACAUCCCUUUGGAUUACCGUUCGUUUGUUCAGUUGUUGUCGUGCUCCUUGAUUGUGAUUCCACAUCAGUGCCAGUGCAGUGCAGUGCAAGUGGUGCAAAUAGUGAAGUGAGUGCCCCUGUGACACGGAUAUCACCACGCUGUGUGUGUAUGUGUGUGUACCUCUGUGUGUUUACCCUCCCUUCCCUAUCGGAGCUACUGCCCCACCGCGCCCUGCGCGUUCUAGCCACCUGUUCGCCGGGACAGGACUUGAAGGCUCCCCAGCCUCACGGUAAGGCGUAGCACGGCGUAGCGUAGCGCGGUGCAGCGUUGCCGCUCCGGCGCCAGGAUGCUGACCCGGGCCCGGGCCUAGCGUAGCCCAGCGCAUGGCGUAGCGCUCGACAACACCGCCAGCAGCGUCCAACGGGACAGCUUCGACGACCACCCGGACGUCGGCGUCGACGUCCACCCCUACCUCGCUCACUCUGCCGUCCAGGAUGGCCUCCCCCCGCGGCGGGGACGCCGCCACGCCCAUCUGCAGGUGCCGCGUGCUGUACCUGGGCUCGGCCGUGCCGCACGCCAGCAAGGACGGGCUGCAGGGCAUCCAGGGCCCGCUGCGGGAGCUGUACCCCGAGGGAGGCGCUCGCGGUGCCCGCGGCAUCGACUCGUGGCUCAGCGUCUGGAGCAAUGGGCUGCUCCUGGAGAACGUGGACGAGAACCGGCAGGAGGUGACGCGCUUCUUCCCCAUCUCGUCGCUGCACUACUGCGCCGCGGUGCGCCACGUCCUGGUGCCCGAGAAGGGCGGCGAGGCUAGCAGCCAGCCGCGCUUCCUGCCCCUGGACUCGCCCUUCGCGUCGGCGCCCAGCCCCGUGCACCCGCCGCUAUUCGCCGCCAUCCUGCGCCGCACCACGGGCAUCAAGGUCCUCGAGUGCCACGCCUUCAUCUGCAAGCGCGAGGCGGCCGCCAACGCCCUGGUGCGCUGCUGCUUCCACGCGUACGCCGACUCCUCGUACGCCAAGCACAUCGACGGCCAGUCCAACGGGCAGGCCAACGGGUCGGUGUACGGCACUCUGAGCCGCCACACGCCCGUCGGCACCAACAGCAUCGAGAAGGUGGAGGGAUGGCGGCAGGCGCACGGCUCUACGCUCAGCCUCAGCAACGGCAACGGCAACCACAACGGCACCCUCGACUCGCGCGCCGACUUCGGCGCCGAGGACGACGUGGACGACAUAUCCGUGUACAAUGGCGACGAGAACCACAAGGUGUGGGCGGGUCGCGACGAGGUUGACGACGGCGGGGCGCUGUACGCGUCCUUCGGCGCCACCAUCACGCGCUCCUCGCGGGCCGGACGGCCGAGGCAGAUCCAGGCGCCCGUGCAGCCGCCGCCGCCGCCGCCUCCGCCGCCCCCCAAGGAGGAGGCGAACGGCAAGAACAAGAAGGCGGCCAAGGAGCGGAUGCGCCGCAAGAAGAUGAUGGGCAGCCGCGAGGAGCUGUACCCCGCGCCGGCCAGGAGCACGAGCGGGUCGCUGGCGCGCGGCUCCACCAUGCAGAUGAACGGGCACGGGCACGCACGGCCCCACAGCUCGCUGUCCGGCCGCGAGCACAUGCAGGCCCUGUACAGCAACGGCACCCUCAUGCGCCCGGGGCCGCCGCCGCACCCGCACCCCGCCAUGCUCAUGACCCUGCCGCCGCCGCCCGGCCACGGCCGCCACCACAUGGUGGCGGUGCCGACCGGCAAGAAGGCGGGCACCUUCGGCAAGAAGAUGCCGCCGCAGAUGGCGAUGGCGCCGGGCCCGCCCCCCAUGAGGUACAUGAUGCCAGUGCCGCCCCCGACGACCAUGGGAAGGCCGGGCCGCAAGGGCCACCCUCAACCCAUGGGUAUGCCACCGAUGGGCCCGCCCAUGGGGCCUCCGAUGGGGCAUCCCAUGGGCCCUCCCAUGGGUCCGCCCAUGGGACCCCCAAUGGGACCACCGAUGGGGCCCCCUAUGGGGCCCCCUAUGGGGCCAAUGGGUCCCAUGGGCCCCAUGCACCACCCGAUGGAGGAGCCGAUCUACAUGCCCUCCGCUCGGCCGCUGAGUCCCGUUGCCUCCUACCAACCGGGCCAUUUCCCGCACGAGGCGUACCUCAUGCAGCAGUACGCGCAGGCCGCCACCGCCACCCUGGACGGCCGCGGCAAGAAGAAAAACAAGAAGAAUAAGAAGAACGGCAUGCCGCCCAUGGCCAUCCCCGUGCCCAUCCCGGCGCUGCCCAUGAUGAUGCCGCCCGGGCCGCCCAUGUCACCCCCGCCCAUGUCGCCGCCUCCCAUGAACGGCCACCACAACCACCAUAACGGCAUGAACGGCCACAGCAAUGGCACGGCCACCAACGGCACCAACGGCGCCAGCCCGGACAACGGCGACGACUCGUCGCCCGUGGAGGAGUCGCCCUUCAACACGGGGAUCUACCGCAAGAAGGGCCAUCUCAACGAGCGCGCCUUCAGCUACUCCAUCCGGCAGGAGCACCGGUCCCGGUCGCACGGCUCGCUCGCCAGCCUGCAGUUCGGGCCGCCCGCCCCGGCCACGCCCGAGCACAAGAAGGAGCGCGAGAUCGUACAGAUGAUGCGAGGCCUGGACCUGCAUGGAGAGGACCUAGAGCGCUCUGAGGUGCCGGCCGCCGUGCUCAGCGCCGCCCAGCGCGCGCGCAGGUAGACCAGGGCCGCGUUGGCGCUCUCCGUGUGAAACUAGUCCCCUGGACGGGCCUCCGGACCAGCCAGCCAGAUGCUGUGAUGAGCCGCGGGACGUCCCCCUGCGUUGUGUCGGACCGACUUUGGUCCACUACCCGAGUGCUCCCAGCCCUCGUCGUCUCACCCACAAGACAGUCAGUGUGCGGAAAGUACCCUCGCCAUAAAAUUUGGCACUUCCCCCCUCCUUUGAUCAUGUGACACAUAUUUUUAUUAUUUUUUGCUGUGAUGACGAUGUGGUCUUGCCGGAUGCGAUCGAGUUAUUCUAGUGAACGUAAAUAGAAACGACAGUGUAAUAAUGAUUGUUGUAUUAAUUAAUUGAAUAAUGACGAUAUUAUAGUUGAUAAUUAGCAAUGAAUUUUUGACGUGGAGUGGCACGUCCGCGGUGCAUUCCAUACAUGCGAUAUGGCGCGCGGAAUGUAAUUAGAA